AUGCUGCGUCAUUGGAUUGGCGUUUAUUCGAUUCCUGUCUUCGGUAUAUUUGCCCGCGACACGUCAACCCUGCAAUGAACAUCUUUAGGUUGUUGGGUGAUUUUUGCCACUUUGUUGCUAUAAUUAUCUUACUUUUGAAAAUAUGGAAAACAAGGUCUUGUUCGGGUAAUUUCUGUCCUAUGUACAAUUUCGGCAGGUCUCUCCGGAAAAUCCCAAAUUGCCUUCGCUGUCGUUUUUUGCACCCGCUAUUUGGACUUAUUUACGACUUUCGUCUCUGUUUAUAACAGUUUGGCGAAAAUUGUGUUUAUAAUCUCCUCUUUCGCCACACUCUACUUGAUCUAUGUCAAGUUCAAGGCGACUUAUGACAGCAAUCACGAUACGUUCCGCGUUGAAUUUUUAGUCGUAGCCUGCGCUGUAUUGGCUCUUAUUGUUAAUCAGGAGUUUAGCUUCAUAGAGGUAAUUUUUGGCGACCGUCUGCUUUAUUUUUAGAUUCUUUGGACCUUCUCAAUAUACUUGGAGUCUGUAGCCAUUUUGCCGCAACUUUUCCUUAUAUCGAAAACUGGCGAAGCUGAAACAAUAACUUCCCACUACUUAUUCGCUCUUGGUUCAUACAGAGCACUAUACAUUCUUAACUGGAUCUACCGCUUCUUUGUUGAAUCAUUUUUCGAUCCGAUCUCUGUGGUCGCAGGAAUCAUCCAGACCUUGCUUUAUCUAGACUUCUUCUACCUUUAUAUUACUCGAGGUAAAAUAUUUGCUUUUUUCUAACAUACGUCUUAGUCCUAAAGGGCAGAAGUCUCAGUCUCCCAGCCUAA